AUGAACAAGAGUUUCGCUACUCUUGUGCAAGAAGCAGGUGGGUUUGAGAACUUACCAUUUAAUGGAAAAGACUGUCGUAACUACAUUGACAAGGCACGCCACCUUCGACUUGGGAAAGGUGGUGCUGGAGCCCUCCAUGAAUAUUUUGCUAGGAUGCAAUACAAGAAUAAUGGAUUCUUUUCACUACUGGAUAUGGAUGAUAAUGGGAGGUUGAAAAAUGUCUUCUGGGCAGAUGCACGGAGUAGGGCAUUAUACAAAUAUUUUGGUGAAGUUGUCACGUUUGACACUACCUAUUUGACAAAUAGGUAUGGGAUGCCGUUUGCACCAUUUGUUGGUGUAAACCACCAUGGACAGUCAAUCCUUUUGGGGGCAGGAUUGAUUUCUAAUGAGGAUACAGAAACGUUCACAUGGUUGUUUCAGAGUUGGUUGAACUGUAUGGAUGGUGAAGCUCCAAAAGCUAUUAUCACAGAUCAAGAUAGAGCCAUGAAAAAUGCAAUUGCGCUUGUCUUUCCGAAUACCCGACACCGAUUUUGCUUAUGGCACAUACUGAAGAAAGUACUUGAAAAACUGGGUUCACAUGGUGCAUACAAAGAUGGGUUGAAAAGUCAGUUGCUUAAGUGUGUGUAUGACUCUCAAACAAUAGAGGAGUUUGAGAAAUGUUGGGAAGUGAUGAUUACAACAUACAACUUGCAGGAGAAUGCUUGGACAAACCUAAAAGAGUUCGUUGAUCAAUUCGAUAAUGCGUUGAGGAAGAAGAUUCAAAAUGAAAAUGCGGCGGAUCUUCACUCAUUCAACGUCACAAUUCCUGCAGUCUCUAUUUCUCCACUUGAGAAGAUAUUUCAAGCCACAUACACCAACUCUAAAUUUAGAGAAGUUCAAAAAGAAGUAAUAGGAAUGGUUGGUGUUCUUCCAACUCUAAAUUUAGAGAAGUUCAAAAAGAAGUAA